CAACCCAGAACCCGCCCUUGCGGCCACCUCCUCCCCCCCAAACCACUCUGCGGGCCCCGCCUCCCCCCCGCCCGCCCCCCCAGCAUUGCCUGUCCCGGCUAUGAUGGCUACUAUAGCCGAACUUUUACAAAAUCAAACAACAGCCAUUUUACAAGCACAAACCCAGUCAAUGGCUAUUUUACAAACACAAUUUCAAGCGUCAGCUGCGAUUUUGCAAAAGCUGCAUACGCUCGCCUCCGCGGCCACCCUCCCGACCCACCCGGAAGUCCCCUGGUCCGGCGAACGCGCCGGCCAUGCGCCGGCCCUGGGCUGGGCGGCCCCCACUCCCGGGGCCGCCGCCUCCCCCCCGCGCAGCCCUGACCCCGCCCCCGCGGCUGCCGCCCCCCUCUCGCGCGGGCCUGACCCCGCCCCUGCUUCCACCUCCUCUCCCUCGAGCGCCCCGGACCCCGCCCCUGCGGCCGCGGCACCGCCCGUCCUUCCCAGGGACGCCCCGGCUCCCGGCGCAGCACCCCCGCUGCCCGCCCGCCUCCUGCACUCGCUGCCGGACCCUCCGGCAGACGCAAACCCGGCGCCCCCACCCCCCCAUCCCCCCGCGGCGCCGCAGCCCCUGCCUCUGGCUGCAGAACCCCGGAACCCCCCAACGCCGGCACCACUUCCGGGUUUCCCAAACCCAUCAUCAUAUCCCUCCACAUCUCUCCCUUCGCCGGCUCUUCAGACUGCCACAGCAACCAAUGCCAUAGCGACAGCAUAUCCUUCCACAAAUCCCAGUUCCCCACAGGUGCUGCUGACCACAACCUCCACCCCCCCUGCUCCUCUGCCUCAGCUGGCAGCAGCCCCUGCCUCCCACACUAACAGCUCCUCACCACACCCUGACAGAGACACUAUGCCUCAGCAACGUGAACGCAACAAUGUAACUGCAGCUUCUACAAACAAACGACAGACAGAGAACUAUGUUACCCCUGCAAACUCUAACCUUUCUAUCCCAGUCUCACCAAAUUCUCAACAAAGUGCCAGCAAUCUUCAACUGAAAAACUACCCUGAAAUCAAAUAUAAUAGCUGCAAAGACAACAGUCUGCACCCCCAAGCCUUGCAAGUGCUACACAGCCAGCGAACAGCUGUCCCCUCUCAGGAGGUGAAAGAAGUCCUACCAGUACUCAAUGACAGUGCUAUCUCCUUUUCCUAUCUUACACCACAGUUAAAAACUACCAUAGAAAAUACACGCCAAACCCUAAAACGAAUCUUACUUCUAAAGGAAGGGGGAGUAGAUCAGGCUACACCUCAAAAGAGGUUGAAUAAGGCUCUAUAUGCUCACAAUUUUCUAAGUAGCUCUGCAAGAGAGCCUCGCCUCCAAAUUUAUAGACAUUUCCUGAACACCAAAAAAGUAAAAAUAAAAGGGUACCCCCCAGCUUUACCCAAAAUCUUAAAUUCAAGACAUAUACAAAGUCCACACAGUCUUCUAACGUGGGGGAAAGGUUUUUCUUGUGUUUCCACAGGUGGACGACUCAAGUUGGUCCCAAGAAAGAAUGUAAAGCCUUACCACGCACCGAAAUCUGCUGACACCCCCACACCAGACAGUUCCUCUACAAGCACAAGCCAAGAAGCCAGCACCCAGACCUGAACCACGCUGCGUCAUCAAAAGAAAAAUGGACUUUCUAUUGUUUAAUGCGUGCAUAUUGUUUUUGUUCUUCUGUUUCAGUUUUUAUAUUGAAGUUUUACUUAUAAUUCAACCAAGAACAAAUGCCGAGUAGCUUUAGCCAAGCCUGCAAGCUCUAAGACCACCUAUAUAUCUAACACGAACCCUAACAAACCUUUUUCAACCCGUUUAAUUAUAAGACCUUUUCCAAAAAAAAUUCUGACAAUGCCUCCCCUACUAUAAUCAGUGAUUUAAUAACAAUAAAGCCAUCUCAGCUACACAGUUGACUUAAUGGUUCGAGACUUGCACCGUGGCUAAAGGAACUCUGUAAAAUAAGCUUAACUGUUUCAGUAGCAAUAAGUAUAGUUCUAGUAACAAUACCCUGUACACCUCCAAGUGUGCAGAAAAUAGUUGUUAAAUCAAUAUCUAAUAUUUCAAA